AGGUGAUGUGGUUGAACUGUAAACCAGAUCUGUGGACCCAAAAUAAAUGGGAAGUGGCAAAGGUUUACAUGCCAUGUGGUCACGAGAAUCAUAGUUCAGUGGAAGACUUUGACAUUGCUGCACUUCUGGGUCUCAUGAAACACUGCAAGCAUUUUAAGAAGUUCGAGCUUGGUGAUUUGUGUGUAAACGUUUCCAAUGUGCGUAACAAUAUCAGUCAUGCACCAAAGUACCAGCUGGAGCAGGAGGAAAUGCACAAAUAUCUCGAAUACAUCAGAGAUCUGGUGAAGAAGCUGGCAAGACAUGAUCCUCAGUUUACAUAUGUGUUGGAAGAUAUCGAUCAGAUUGAGAACCAACUACAAAUUUCAUUUGUUGUCACACCUACCGGGGAUAAUGAAUAUAUGGUAAGCAGCACAAAACACACACAUAAAAUGCUCUCGUUUCGGCGUGUUAUCCUGUGGUAGAAGCGACGUUCUUUACUAAUCUAG